AUGGCCGAAGUCUUUGGUGUCGUCAGCGGUGCUGUCGGCGUUGCUAGGUUCGCGUUUCAGAUUGCCGACGGCAUCAGAAAGCUAGGCGACUUCUGUCAAGCCGUCAAAGAUACUACCAUCGACUUACGAGAUCCCAUCUCGGAAUUGAUCGAUCUCGCUGAGCUGUACAAAGAAAUAGAAAGGUCGAAACGCAAUCUCAAGGACUUGCAGACCUUGCUCUCGGAUGUGGAAGCUGAAGCCAGAAAACGACAGACAAUAGGUUCUGUCAAGGCGGUGCUGAAGAAAGAGACGUUUGCCAAAGUUCAGAAGCGCGUAGAGAGAUUUAAGGACGCACCCCAGCUUUCGUACAUGGUGUACUACAAGCGAGUAACCUAUACGUUUAUCCGACUAAGCUAG